AUGGCAGGCCUUGACCGUGGGCAAGCAGAGUUGCUCAAAUGGAGCAUAGAGAACUCGGAAGCAGGCCGCGACCCAAACGCACCGGCUACUGAGCCAAAGAGCCUCUCAGCAGAUGCGCUUCGAGCACUGAUGGGCGGUCCCUCAGAUGCCGACUUGAUGAAAGAAGCCAUGACUAUCAUCGUAUCAAAUGACCCAGAGAUCUCACUUGAUGCCAAGAUGACCGCAUUCGACAACUUCGAGCAGCUCGUUGAGAAUCUCGACAACGCAAACAACAUGGAACCGCUUGGGUUGUGGACGCCUCUGCUGGGCCAACUCGACAGCACGUCUGCGGAUCUGAGGAUGAUGGCUGGGUGGUGUAUCGGGACGGCUGUUCAGAACAACCUCAAGUCGCAGGAGAGAUUACUGGCAAUGAACGGUGUGCCGAAGCUCUGCAAGGCUGCAGUGAACGAUAGCGACAAGGCAGCGAGGAGGAAGGCUAUCUACGCUCUUAGCUCAAGUGUGCGAAAUUACCAGCCAGCCAUGAACGAAGCUGUCAAGAACCUACCGAAAGAGAUCGUUGGCGCAGACCAGGUUUCCGCGACAGAUAUGGAUACAAUCGACGCGAUCAUGGCCAAGCUGAGAGAGAAAUGA